CAGGACAAUGGCAGUUUCUCCCCGUCUUCAUUUGCUCAGCCCUCUCUUCAGUACAGACUGCAGCACAAACAUGACAAUGAGAAGAUGAUGAAAUCAACAAGUAAAUCACACAAUUUGACCCAAGACUCUUUGCAGUGUUGUUCUCCUUCUGUUGUCAGAAGAAAAAGGACUGAAGCAUUCGACACUGAUCAGCACAUGCAGAAGCACAUCAUCCACUCUGAAAAGAAACUCUAUUGCUGUUCCGAAUGUGGCAAACGUUUCUCACGACGAAGCCAUCUUCAGCGCCACAAGAAAAUCCACACUGGAGAGAAACCUUAUUGCUGUUCUGAAUGUGGGAAACGAUUCUCUGAAAGCAGCAAUCUUCAACAGCACAAACGGAUUCAUACUGGAGAAAAGCCAUUUGGCUGUACUGAAUGUGGCAAACAAUUUUCACACGUGAGCUAUCUUCAUAGGCACACGAGAAUUCACGUUGGAGAGAAACCCCAUUGCUGUCCAGAAUGUGGCAAACGAUUCUCUGACAGCAGCACACUUCGACAGCACACACGCAUUCAUACAGGAGAGAAGCCAUUCGGGUGUUCUGAAUGUGGGAAACAAUUCUCACAAUUAAGUCAUCUUCAGAUCCACACAAGAAUCCACACUGGAGAGAAGCCCCAUUGCUGUCCAGAAUGUGGCAAGCGAUUUACACAAGUAAGCAAUUUUCAAAGCCACAGAAAGAUCCACACUGAAGAAAACCCUUACUGUAGUUCUGAGUGUGGCAAAGAAUUUCUCAAAAGUAACAGCCUUCAAAAACACCUAAUAAUUCACACAGGAGAGAAAGUGUGAAAGUGCCUGUUGUGCUCCAUUCAAAAGGGACUAAUAAAUGGAAACGUUCAGGGCCAUUUUAGUAACUCACCGAUUAAUAUAUAGCUCUGUAUGAAUAACAGAAAGAAACAUUAAUAGAUAGAUGCUUUAUUAAUCCCAAGGGGACAUUCACAUACUCCAGCAGCAGCAUACUGAUCCACAUAAAAGAAAGUGAUAGGAGUGAUCUGUAACAUAGAGAAAAAGGUACAAAAAUAAAGUAUCAAUACAGGUGCUGCACCAGGCUCACUGCCAACUUAUCAGAUCCGAGAUAAAAAUCCAUACAACUGAACUGCCUUGACUAAAGAGUGAGGUUCACUCCUGCUUUGAUAAAAAACACACCAAGAAGAUUUGGAGAAAUUAACCUCAUUGCUGGCGCGAUUGUGGUAAACGAUUCUCACCAAUAAGCUACCUUCAAAGCCACAAAAGAAUCCACACUGGAUUGAGGAUGAGGAUGGAGAGUGAAGGAUAAGGUAAUGGAGGAGGAAGUGAAGCUGUAACUCUCCAACCUACUGUGCUCAAGCCUUGUGGCGUAUCUUCACAUAGUGGCCUUCCCAGCACAAGAUGUACUGCGAAUAGCCAAAACCACUCUUUAUAGGGUGGUCCAGAUCUAAUUAUGCAAUUUUCAUUAUGCUGUAACUUAUUAAGUUUAUUGCAUAGAAAAUCACCCGAAAAAUCCCGGACCAUCGAGA